CUUCUUAGGAAGGUAUGAGGACCAUGAGCGUGUCCCUGAAGCCACGCAGGUUCGGGAGGCCAUUAAGCCCACAACUGGUGCUGCUGCUUCUUUUUGCCUUCUGUCUUCUGAGUGUCUUCAUCUCAGCUUAUUACCUUUAUGGCUGGAAAAGGGGACUGGAACCAUCAGGAAAUGAGGCUCAGUCCCUAGACUGUGAUGACCUCAAAAUAAGCCCCUCUCGUCUGCUACCUAUGAAGCCUUUAAGGCCUGUGGACUCCUCCCGUACUGAUCCUCUUGUGCUUGUCUUUGUGGAAAGCCUCUACUCCCAGCUUGGGCAGGAGAUUGUGGCCAUCUUGGAAUCAAGUCGUUUUAAAUAUCGGACAGAGAUUGCUCCAGGAAAGGGUGAUAUGCCUACUCUCACAGAUAAAGACCGGGGACGUUUUGCACUAAUUGUGUAUGAAAAUAUCCUGAAAUAUGUUAACCUUGAUGCAUGGAACCGAGAAUUGCUAGAUAAAUACUGUGUGGAGUAUGGAGUGGGAAUCAUUGGUUUCUUCAAGGCUAAUGAUAACAGUCUACUGAGUGCUCAGCUUAAAGGUUUCUCACUCUACCUUCACUCAAAUUUGGGACUUAAAGACUGCAGUAUCAAUCCGAAAUCCCCACUCUUGUACAUUACUCGACCCAACCAGGUAGAAAAAGGGGAUCUGCCUGGUGAGGACUGGACCGUCUUCCAGUCCAAUCAUUCCACUUAUGAACCUGUUCUCCUAGCCAAGACAAAGUCAGCAGAGACUAUACCUCACUUGAGCGUAGACGCAGCUCUCCACACUACUGUUGUUCAGGACCUGGGACUACAUGAUGGAAUACAAAGAGUUCUCUUUGGAAAUAAUUUAAACUUUUGGCUGCACAAGCUAGUCUUUGUGGAUGCAGUCUCAUUCUUAACUGGCAAAAGAUUAUCUUUGCCUCUAAACCGGUAUGUGCUAGUGGAUAUUGAUGAUAUCUUUGUUGGAAAGGAAGGAACUCGGAUGAAAGUGGAAGAUGUGAAGGCACUUUAUGACACACAAAAUGAAUUACGAUCUCAUAUCCCCAACUUCACUUUCAAUCUCGGCUUCUCUGGAAAGUUUUUCCAUACAGGCACAGAUGCAGAGGAUGAAGGAGAUGACCUUUUGUUGUCCUAUGUGAAGCAAUUCUGGUGGUUCCCACAUAUGUGGAGUCAUAUGCAGCCUAAUUUAUUUCAUAAUCAAUCGGUCCUCGCUGAGCAGAUGGCUUUGAACAGGAAGUUUGCUGUUGAUCAUGGCAUACCUACCGAUAUGGGCUAUGCUGUGGCCCCUCAUCACUCAGGAGUUUACCCCAUUCAUGUCCAACUAUAUGAAGCCUGGAAGCAAAUUUGGGGGAUUAAGGUUACAAGCACGGAAGAGUACCCUCACCUAAAACCUGCUAGAUAUCGUAGGGGCUUCAUCCACAGUGGGAUUAUGGUUCUACCUCGUCAGACCUGUGGACUCUUCACACAUACCAUAUUUUAUAAUGAAUAUCCUGGAGGGCCUAUUGAAUUGGACAAAAUCAUAAAUGGAGGAGAGCUUUUCCUCACCGUACUACUAAACCCUAUCAGCAUUUUCAUGACCCACCUGUCUAAUUAUGGCAACGAUCGUCUGGGAUUGUACACUUUCAAGCACUUGGUACAGUUUCUGAACACCUGGACAAAUCUGAAGCUGCAGACCUUGCCUCCUGUGCAGCUUGCACACAAAUACUUCCAGAUCUUUCCUGAGGAGAAGGACCCCCUGUGGCAGGAUCCAUGUGAGGAUAAAAGACACAAAGAUAUCUGGUCCAAAGAGAAGACCUGUGACCGUUUCCCAAAACUACUCAUCAUAGGACCUCAGAAAACUGGCACCACUGCUUUAUACCUUUUCCUUGGAAUGCAUCCAGACCUGAGCAGUAACUACCCUAGCUCAGAGACGUUUGAGGAGAUCCAGUUUUUUAAUGGCCAGAAUUACCACAAGGGAAUUGACUGGUACAUGGAGUUUUUUCCUAUACCAUCGAACACCACUUCCGAUUAUUACUUUGAGAAAAGCGCCAACUACUUUGAUUCAGAAGUUGUUCCAAGGCGAGUUGCAGCACUGCUACCAAAAGCAAAAGUCAUCACAAUCCUCAUCAAUCCUGCAGACCGUGCAUACUCCUGGUACCAGCAUCAGAGGGCCCACGAUGACCCUGUGGCUACAAAAUAUACUUUUCAAGAAGUGAUCACAGCUGGUGCCAGUGCACCUCCAAAGCUACGAGCCCUACAGAACCGGUGCCUUGUCCCAGGAUGGAAUGCAACCCACAUAGAGCGUUGGCUGAACUACUUCCAUGCAAACCAAAUAUUGGUGUUAGAUGGCAAGCUGCUGCGCACUGAGCCCGCUAAUGUAAUGGAGGCAGUUCAGAAAUUCUUGGGAGUAACCAAUGCUAUGGAUUAUCACAAAACCCUGGCGUUUGACCCUAAGAAAGGAUUUUGGUGCCAACUGCUGGAGGGAGGGAAAACCAAGUGCUUAGGAAAAUGUAAAGGAAGGAAGUACCCUGAUAUGGAUUCAGAUUCCCGAUCCUUUCUUACAGACUAUUAUAGGGACCAUAACAUCAAACUCUCCAAGCUUCUUUACAAAAUGGGUCAGACACUGCCAACGUGGCUAAGAGAGGAACUGCAGAACAAUAGGUAGCUGUUGCUGCUGGAUUUGGGAUGAAGAUAAGGUCUCAGGAUCCUUCCUAUCUUGACUGGCCUGUAGUACCACAAAGGCAGAGACUGUGGUAUUGAACUUUAAUCUGCCUACUUGGCACAUAAAGUGUGGUGAAAAAUGUGGUCACUUUGCUGGAAAGACUGUCCUUGAGAAGCUUAUUUUAGACCCGAUUCUCCUGAAGGAAUUAUUUAGCCACUAUUUGCAUCCUGAAAGGCCUGUUUUAGAGGCCUGGUUUAUUUUAUGCGGGAUCCUUUCGCUUCUCAGGUUCCCAUAUAUAGUUGACUAUUGUUCUUGGACUCAACCACUGAUAAAGUAUUAUUAAACAAAGCCCACUGGUUCUGCAUUAAUAGGGCAAUAUGUGAAUUUUAGUUGUGUUUUGCAGUCCCUACUGUGAGCUGGAGGAACAACAAGAGGGGUUUGAUAAUAAUUGGGGCGGGUGGUAAACAAAUUGCCCUGUUUCGUACGAGACAGAAUCUCUACAAAUUAAGAAAUACCAUGUAUUUCAGGAAUACUUCCCAAUCUUUGAUCUUCUCAAGAACUGGUAUCAUCUCCUAGAUUCAUUCAGAUGUUGCCUAGCUAGACCCAUCACAAGAUGUUGAUAGGGUCAAUAAAGGCCUUAAGACAA